AUGCAUCAUUAUACAGUGAGGGCCAGAGACGAGGAGAGAGAUGGCCUGGCUUGCUUGCUUGCUACUGCUGCUGCGGCUGCGGCUUGAGGGGAGGCGGCGCGGUUGGGCAAGUCCGAAUGACGUUCAACCCUCGCACCUGCCCAUAUGACGUUACUCGUCUCCGGAGCUCGAAAGAUGGGAUUUUUAAUCCGAAUAAUCAGAGGGCUGAAGUGGAUUCUACCUCGAAGAAGGAGUUGAAGUUGAGACGCAAGAGGAACCGCCUCAGGGAAGGGGCUCGUUGGCUUCCGGCGAAGCGGCUGCUGCGGAGGAUCGUGUAGAGGGAGUUGGACUUCUUGUUGAACUCCUGCAGCAGCGCAUAGAGAUCCCAUUCAGGACUAAACAUGUCGCUCAGGGCAGCCAAAAGCUGAAGAGGCGCAAGAAUAAAAGCGCAAAAAUCUUCCUUUUUUCUUUUUUUUUUUUUUUUUUGGGUAAUCAAUGCAAUUUGUUUGAGUGAUUUUCUGAGAACCCACAAAUUAUUUAUUAAUCUCUAUGUUGCCCAAUGCAGCAUCCAGCAUCAACCCAUGUUUUAUAGACUGACUAGAGCUCCUCACUGUCUCCCACCAUCCACAUCGUUUCAGUGGCAUCCAGAGCCCCUACGCAUUAUCUUCCCUCCACAGGCUAAAUUUUUAGGUCACAGAGCAUAUUAUUGGUGGGCCCAAUCACCAUCGAAUUCCCUCGUCCACCUACCUGGUUUUAGAAAGAUCAGGUUUGACUUGUUUGACUGAUUUUUACAGUCGCCGUCAUCCCAGUAGAAUCUUCGUUCACCAGACUCUCUCAGACAGAAAACCCUAGGAGGCCCUCUGCAGGUUCAUAUAUCAAACAAGAUUGCAGUUCCAGCUUCUCCCAGAUGCAUGAUGCGGCUCAUUAUGACUCGGAUAAAUUGACCAAAUAUGACCAGAACCAUGGAGAAAAAUGCGUACAGUACAAGCCGACUUUAAAUAUGAAGUCUCCACCUUCGUCCUAGAUAAGAUGCAUUUGGUAAAAUUCUUAAGAGGACGCAUGCCCGAACCUUUCCUACUAUACUACGUUGACUGAAGUGGCAACUUACUGCAUCCAAUGAUAAGACAGAACCUCUACGCAUAGCUCCCAAUCCUCAUUAAAUGUAAAAUUUACCACCACUUUCAACCUCUGCUAAUCCUUCCCCUUAGUAAGCCCACUAGAAUGUAGACGCAAUUGGCCUACAAUGUUCCAUACCAGUGUGCUAGUUGGUCAACUAGAGUAGGGGCCAACUAGGCCCACGCUAGGAUUUCUUUUCGAUUGACUCUCUCUCUCUCUCUCUCUCUCUCUCUCUCUCUCUCUCUCUCUCUCUAUCUAUCUAUCUAUUUUCAGGUAGGAACAUGCUUUUGGAUGAGAGUAAAUCAAUCAGGACACCCAAAAAAAAACAAUCCAACACGAAGCUUGGGUUGUGA